AUGUGUGCUCAUAUUGUUGUCAUUUAUGAAGCAGAAUAUGCCGACUAUCACCAGGCGAUGGCACAACACGCGGCCUCAUUGGCCAACAGUAAUCAACUUCACCCGACCAUCGGUCAGCUCCAGAUGCAGCAGAUGUUGUCGUCCGGACUCAAUCUCACAGUCAGUGCUCCCCUUAUGAACCAAAAUACGGUUCAUGUAAUGUCCGGCGGACUGACGAACAAUAACACGGGUCAACACCACCUGACCGGACACGGAGGCCAUCACGUGAUGUACGCCAACGUGCAGACGGCCAACACGGGUGGCGGUGGCGGCGCUGUCGCCACUCCUCCGGCCAGAGGUCACGGCAGUCACAAGAAGCAGAAGAAGCCCAAAGUGAAUAAGGAUGGAGUGCCGGCACCGAAGAGGGCCACCACUGCUUACAUCAAUUUCACGCAAUGGUAUAGAGAAGAGUUAAAAAAGGCCGGACGACCCAUACCUAAGAUCGGCGACUUUGGGAAGGAAUGCGCCGGAAAGUGGAACGCCAUGCAGGAGGAGGAGAAGAAGCCGUUCACCGAGACGGCCCAACGAGACCGCGACCGAUACAAGCGAGAGAUGGAGAUCUUCAAGCCGGCGCGCGACGUGAAUAAGCCGAAGCGUCCCGGCACGGCCUUCAUGCUCUUCAUGGGUGACUUCCGCAAAGAGAUGGCCGGCAAAGAGCCCGAGGGAGGAGUGGCGGCGCUCGCGAAGCUCGGCGGCGAGCGGUGGAGGAAUAUGACCGAAGAGGACAAACGGCCGUACGUUGAGAAGCAGAACGAAGAGAAGAUCCGUUACGAGGCCUCUAUGGAAGACUACCGCAGAAAAGGGGCGCCUCAGGUGGCAAUGGGUGGUCCGUCACCAAAACAGGCCCGACUGUCGACAGAAGCCUCUGAUAACGAGGACUCGGACUCGAAUUCGCUGCAACAGUCGGCACAACACCAUCAGACCUCAAACAUGAUCACAAAACAGAGUCAAUCGACGCCAUCACCCGCUUCCUCAUCGCCGCCGACCACACAGGGACUCACCCCCAGUCCCAACGCAGCGCAACAACAAAGUAUAGCACUCAAUACCAACCACAUUAUGCCAUCCAUUAUGCAUCCAAUGUCUUCACACCUGUCUUUAUCUAAUGCUUUUUCAGCCCAACUGAUGACCGGCUAUAAUCAGCACUCAUUCCCCGCCAACUUCGCUCACCCGUCGGCUGCCGGUGCGACGGCCGCCAACUAUAAUCAGGCGCACGCCGGCAAUAUCCAGGCCAACGCCACCGCAUACUUGCCUACUGGUGCCGCCGGCGCUUACUCUCAACUCCAGGGACCGUAUCAAUGGAAUUGA